AGAAACCCCAUUUGGGUUGAUUAUUGCAUUCAGGGUUGCCAACUCACGCCAGAAAUCUUACGGCAAAUCAAUAUUAUUCCGUUGUAAAUGUAACAGCUACAUCAGAAGCGCUGGGGUGAUUUGCAAACCCUACACUAUUGUUAAGGCAAUCAAACUGUUAUACACGUGUUCAGACUCGUCUCGAAUUUAAAAUCUCACGCCAGCCAGCUGAUCAAAGUUGACAACCAUGUGCAUUUUGGACGACCGUUUUAAACAUUAAAGUAAAGAAAGGAUGUGUAUACUCCGAGUUUUGGGAAGCCGUGCUUUUAAAACAGCGAUCUUUCCCGGGAACUUGGGAACCCAGGGUUAGUUUUCAGUUGGCCGCCUUCAGAUGUUUGGGUUCAAAGGUCGGAGUAGAAACAAAUCCAGCAUGCAGAAACUGUGAGCGGCACUAACUUCCGUGUUUUGAUUUCGGUACCGCAGUAGAAAGAACGAAAAGAAUAUAAAAUACUUAGGAAAAUGAGAGAAGUUGUAUCCAGAGGUCUGGUUUUUACAGCCUUCAGCAUCUCCAUAGCUCGUUUUUAUUCUUGCUGUGUCGGCAGCUCCCAAGUUGAUGGUCCUAAUAUACCCGAUAUUGCGAAGCGUUUUGGUACCAAAGGCCGUUAUGAAGAAGUGAAUCCGUAUCUUCUCGCCGACAUAUUGGCUGUCAACAAAACUGUUUUGAAACCGCCGCCUGGAUGCGACGCAGUGCACCUCACUGUAAUCAUUAGGCAUGGUACACGAUUUCCGACGAAAAAGAACGUGAUAAAAAUGCACAACAUUUACAAUCUUGUUAUGGCAGAGGCGAAGAGCAAUGCAGGAUGGCUGCAUGAGAUCAAAAGUAAAUGGCAGAUGUGGUACAAAGAGGAGAUGGAUGGUCGCAUCGUGGAAAAAGGCCGAGACGAUCACAAGCAUCUGGCCGUCAGAUUAGCCACCGCUUUCCCGUCGUUAUUCUCUGAAGGAAACUUGAGAGGCAACCGCAUCAAGUUCAUCACCAGCUCGAAACACCGGUGUGUGGACAGCAUCGUUGCUUUCCAGGAAGGCCUGCAGAGACUCUGGGAUGUCAGAGACGUGGAUUUCAGUCAUGAGGUCAAUGAUAACCUGAUGAGAUUCUUCGAUCACUGUAGAAAAUUUAUUGAAGAUGUGGAAAACAAUGAGUCUGCCCUUAAAGAGGUGGAUCUGUUCAAGUCCUCAGCAGAGAUGAAGCUGGUCCAGGAAAAGAUGGCUGACCGCCUGCAGGUUCCACAGAGUCAUAUCACACCAGAUAUGGCUGAGGCUGCUUUCUUCUUGUGUGCCUACGAACUUGCCAUUAAAUCUGAGAAUUCUGCUUGGUGCAACCUGUUCGACGAAUCCGACGCCCAGGUGCUGGAAUAUAAAAACGAUCUGAAGCAGUACUGGAAAAGGGGCUAUGGCUACGACAUCAACCGCAAAUCCAGUUGCACUCUCUUUCACGACAUCUUCACUCGUUUGAACCAGGCUGCUAAUGAAAUCAGGUCAGGUGACGUGACGGAGCCCGUAGCGGUUCAGGUGGGCCAUGCGGAGACCCUCCUGCCCCUGCUCUCACUCAUGAAUCUUUUCAAGGUGGAAACGCCCUUAACCGCAGCGAACUUUGCCGAGCAGCACGACCGCACGUUCCUCACCAGCCGCAUGGUGCCCUACGCCGCCAACCUGGCCUUCGUGCUGUACAGCUGCAGCGAGGGCCCGCGACUGCAGCUCGUCCUUAACGAGAGGCCCCUGGCCUUCCCCGGGAUCAGCGACCCGGUGCCGCUCUUCCGGGACGUCAAAGAGCAGUAUGGAGAGCUGCUGAGCGGCUGCGAUUUCGACAAGGAGUGCGAGUUGCCGCCCUCCAACUGCAGCAAAUGCUCCGAACUGUGACCUGCGAUCUGCAGGAGGCAGUAUUGAUACCACUCAUGUUUAGGCUUGGAAAUCCCAAAUCGUAUAUAUGGUGUGACAUGCUUUAAUACGGCUGCUGGAGCUGAUGAUUUUUAAUGAACUGUCUGCUUUCAGUACAUAUUCUUUUCAUGAAAUUGUUCAUAAUUCACAAUGCUUCUUUCACCAAGCUACUAAUGACCAAAUCUCCAAACUUGAAUACCCUCCCCACAAAUGCACAGACACAGAUAAAUGUCUACCUCCUGAAAAUAUGCCUUUUUAUGUAGUGUUUGAAACUGGGACCUUUUGCUUUAUAUUUAUAAUAAUGUGUAAUCUGAGGCCAGAGGUAGCGCUAGACAUUUUGGGCCCCAUGAAAGCAUAUCAUAUUGGGCCCCCAGACCAGUCCAGUUAUGAUCCAAAUUUUUCUAGCGCCCAUCACUCGGGGAAUGGUCCUAAAUUCCCUCCCCCUUUACGGUACCCCUGUCUGAGCGGGCACCUGUGUUGUGUGGGUUCCAGAGUCACAGUUAGGCUGGCUGGUGUCUCUGAAUUGCCCGUAUUGUGAGUGUGUGAAUGUAUGUACCCCCACACCCGUCCAUAACACUGACCAGGAUUGGUGGGUGGAUGGAUGGACGAUGUAAUCUGAGCAAAAAGUCUAGAAAUACGUUUAAGAACAAUGUACUGAAAUGAAUAGGUUUUUUUAAAACUAGAGUUCCCUGCUUUCCAACUUCCAUACUGUAUCUUUUGAUUGACUGAUUUGUUCAGGAACAUUUAAAAAACGCUCUAUUUUAUCCAACAGUACGGGGCUUUGAGGUCAUACUUUAAGUUAAUUCAUGGUGUUUUUUCAGCGCAUAUGUGAUUCUUGUAUAUAAUGUGCUACUUGUUUAACAAAUAAAAUUACUUGUAAAGACGA